UAUUACAGAGCACUGUCUGUCAAUAUUGACAAGUACAGCUUGAGAGAGGCUUCUGAUGCUGCACAAAUGAAGCUGUUCUCCAGCUCUAUGCCUCAGUUAGCCAGCAGUAGAGCAUAGAGACUGUGUUCACGUUUGUCCUUUUCAUUUUUCUGCAUCGGAUUCACUCCAAAGACAGGCUGCGGUUAGCUGCUGCACAGCCAGAUCCUGCAAUGCAAGUUAGUUUUACUGAACCAAGUGUCAAUACAAAUGGUAGCACAGGAAGCUCAAAUUUCAUUAUUACAUCUUGCUUGUCAACAACUUCAUCAACAGAUGGGGAAGAUGACUGGCAAUCCUUCUACACCUCCUUUAAGACUGAACAGCUCAUUACGCUUUGGAUUUUGUUUGUCUUUAUCAUGGUUGGAAAUUCAGUAGUCUUGUACCUUACAUGGAAGGAGAGGAUUCGAAGGAGAAAGUCUCGCAUGACAUUUUUUGUUACGCAACUCGCAAUUACAGAUGCCCUGACAGGUUUGAUAAGCAUCUUGACCGACAUUAUCUGGAGGUUUACUGGUGAUUUCUUAGCACCAGAUAUUGUUUGUAGAGUAAUUCGAUACCUGCAGGUCGUACUUCUGUAUGCAUCUACUUAUGUGCUGGUAUCACUCAGCAUAGACAGAUAUCAUGCUAUCAUUCAUCCAAUGAAAUUCCUUCAAGGAGAGAGACAAGCUAAAGUUCUUAUAGUAGUUGCCUGGACUCUUUCCUUCCUAUUUUCAACUCCAACUUUGAUUAUAUUUGGAAAGUAUAAACUUGCCAAUGGAGAAAUUCAGUGUUGGGCUCUUUGGCCGGAUGAGUCUUACUGGAAACCAUACAUGACAAUUGUGUCCUUCUUGGUAUAUUUUAUUCCACUGUUAAUUAUUAGUGUCAUUUAUUUCAUUGUGAUAAGAACUAUUUGGGCAAAGAGCAAGGCACAUGCAGUUAUCGUUUCCAACUGUUCUGAUGGUAAUUUUUCUACCAGUUACAGUCAUCGAGGACUUAUAUCAAAGGCAAAAAUGAAAGCAAUAAAAUAUAGCAUCGUUGUCAUUCUUGCAUUCAUAUUUUGUUGGAGUCCAUACUUUCUUUUUGACAUUUUGGACAAUUAUGAAAUGUUACCGAUGACCAAGGAACGCAUCUAUGCAUCAGUGAUCAUUCAGAAUUUGCCAGUUUUGAACAGCGCUGUCAACCCAAUCAUUUACUGCGUGUUCAGCAACAGACAUUGCCGAUUAUCCAGGGAUCGAAGUUCAGGAAACUUCCCUGGCACCCUCAGAGAUAAAACUGAAGGCGUAGAAAUGCAGGUGGUAUCCAGGCCAGAAUGCAUCUGAAAUAUGAACUAUUGAUAAUGAGUGUCAGUACAGUAUGCUUUUAUACCAGCGCAUAAAACAACAUGUAAAAUUGUAUGAUGGAUCAGAUACAAUUAUAUAAUAAAAUGUUCUUCUGUGAAAAGACUUUUACUUACUGAAAUCCUUUUUAAAAUGUUAUUAUUCCUGUGAUGUUUUAGUCAAUUGAUCAUGAUCUCUUCGGAACAAAUGAUUUUGUCCUAUUUGUAUAUAAUUUACAUACAGGAUAAUGGAUACAAACAGGAUAAUGGAUACAAGUAUACCCAUGCAUUUCACCACAGCAUAUGGGGGA